AGACGGGAAUUCGACUCGCGCAGUCAGUGCCCAGUCUCUUGUCCAUACGCACCAUGCUGAUCCUCGCGUGUAUUUUCGCCGUCGCAGCUGCCGCGCCCGCUACAUACGACCAGCGACAAGAUGGCGAUUUCAACGUGCGGGCUGACGUCCAGAAUGUAGUGUUCCUUGUCGCUUACCCACAAAAACUAAGCGUGCCACCAGAUCUCUUAGUCGGAUUAUUCAAGAAUGCCAAACAAAAUGAACCUGAAUUGCAAGACAGAGCUGAUAUUCAUGUCACGGAAGCUUUUGUCGAGCCGAGUACGCCGUAUCAUGUUGAGAUAGGCGACACGAAUUCUUAUGAUGGUGAUGGGCGGGCGGUAGAAGUGGUGAUUGCUGGUCGGCGGAGGAUGGAAACUGAGGCACAGGAGGACACUCGCCCUGAAGCAUCUGGAGAAGAGUAUAAAUUGAUAGGUGCCACGGAGCAAUGUGGGCCGGAUAGGGAACGAGAUCCUGUGACUUUGGGAUGCCGAAUGCGGUCACAACCCAUUGAGGAAUCGUCAGCGCCGGCGCAACCCGAAGAGAAACCUGCCGCGUCUGAGCAACCUGCACCGGAAGUGGUUCAAACUUCGUGAAUUAAUUAAACUGAACUCUGAUCUCUGCCACGGACUCUAUUACCUCUAAGUUAAUUUAUUUAUGUUUCUAAACGCUGUUUUAAAUUAUUUGUAUAAAUAUAACAUAACUAAGCUUA